ACCACUCAUCCCCAUUCCCUCUGUGGUCCAAACAAAGUUCUCUGUAUUUCACCAUCCACUCGCGAUAAAACGAAGAGGAGCAGCCAUCUAAUCUCCUACCACUCAUCCCCAUUCCCUCUGUGGUUCAAACAAAGUUCUCUGUAUUUCUUUCAGUCUUCUUCUUCUUCAUUGCUAUGGCUUCCACCCAGCCAGAAAUAGCCUUUGAUUUCUCGCCUAUGCUAAUAGUUUACAAGGAUGGCAAAGUAAAUCGGCUCACUGGGAAUGACAUCGUUGCCCCAUCUCUUGAUCCUAAAACCAACGUUGACUCCAAAGACGUUGUAUAUUCACCAGAAAAUAGCCUCUCCGUCAGGCUUUACAUCCCAAGAAACGUCACCCAAAGCCAAAAACUUCCCCUUCUUGUUUACUUCCAUGGCGGAGGCUUCUGCAUCGAAUCCCCCUUCUCCCCUCACUACCACAAUUACAUCAACUCCUUAGCUGCCAAGGCAAACAUCGUUGUCGUCUCGGUUCAGUACAGAAGAGCCCCGGAGUCUCAUCUCCCUUGCGCUUACGAGGAUUCAUGGAAAGCCCUCGAAUGGGUCGCCUCCCAUGUUAACGGAUCCGGCCCUGAAGAUUGGCUUAACUCUCACGCUGAUUUCGAGAAAGUGUUUUUCUCUGGUGACAGUGCUGGCGCUAAUAUAGCGCACAGGAUGGGCAUAAAACACGGCAUGGAAAAGCUGGAAGGCGUUCAAGUUGAAGGAAUUGUUUUAUGUCACCCGUAUUUCUGGGGAAACGAAGCAGUGGGUAACGAGGCAAGUGAUGCAAAAAGCAGAAAGUUUAUUGAAACGUUGUGGAGAUUUACGUAUCCGGAGACAACCGGAUGCGAUGACCCGUGGAUAAAUCCUGUGGUAGAUCCGGACCUGUCAAAGCUGAGUUGCAGGCGCGUCCUGGUUUUUGUAGCGGAGAAGGAUUUGCUCUGCUCCAGAGGAUGGUAUUAUCAUCAGAAGUUGAAGGAAAUCGGGUGGGGUGGUGACGUGGAGGUUUUCGAGACCAAAGGAGAAGGCCACGUUUUCCAUUUGUUCAAUCCCGCUUGUGACAAUGCUGAGGCUAUGCUCAAGAAAACUGCUGCAUUCUACAAUACUAAUUAAUCUCCAGUAUAAAAUAAAGGGUGGUUGUUUGUUUUCAGUAAUAAUAAGAGGCGAAGGAAUUGAGCAGAAAAUUGAUGACACCAAGGUUUUUGGAUGUAUCAAAAUGGCGCCUUCUUGUUGCAGCCAUUGAUAUUUAAGUCAAUAAUAGCAUUUAUGUUAUGUGAA